AUGGAAGCACUCCCGGCAUCAAAUCCAAGAUUGAAACAAAUACAACAAGCUCAAGAUGAGGAUGAGGUAUGCAAAGAAGUGAAGAAGUACUGCAUGGAUCAAUGGCCAGACAAGGAUCAUGUCACCCGGGCAGUAAAACCAUACUGGUCAGUACAAGGAGAACUCACAAUUGUUGACGGGUUAUUACUAAAAGGAACAAGACUAGUUAUUCCAUCCAAUCUUCAACGCCAAACCCUUGCCCAAAUACACCAAGGUCACCAAGGGAUUAACAAAUGCAGAGAACGAGCCAAGAUAUCCGUUUGGUGGCCAGGACUUAGUGCACAAAUCAAAACUAUGGUUGAAAAUUGUACACCUUGCAGCAAGCACAGACAACAGCAUGCAGAACCGUUGAUCCCAACGCCACUCCCAGCAAGACCAUGGCAACUGAUCGCAACAGACUUGUUUAUUCUAGAAAAGGUGACCUAUCUACUAGUGGUAGAUUAUUAUUCUCGAUAUGUUGAAGUUGUGGCACUAACCAAAGAUACAAGUUCAACAAAGAUAAUACAAGCUUUAAAAGCCAUCUUCGCCAGGCACGGGAUUCCGGACGAAGUACGUUCCGACAAUGGGCCCCAAUACCACAGUGACGAGUUCGCCCAGUUUGCAAAAGAAUGGGGAUUCAAGCAUAGUACCAGUAGUCCUCGCUAUCCUCAAGCGAAUGGAGAGGUAGAACGGGCAGUAAGGACAGUGAAAAAUAUCUUGAAGAAAGAAAAAGAUCCCGCAAAAGCAAUGUUAGCAUAUAGAUCAACACCAUUAGCAAGUGGAUAUUCGCCAGCGGAACUCCUCAUGGGGAGAAAGAUAAAAUCAACAAUACCAAUAAUGACACAACAGCUCACACCGCAGCUACCAAACCAGGAACUUUUUAAAGCAAAGGAAGAAGAAUAUAGAUUGAAACAGAAGAAGAAUUUUGAUAAUCGCCAUAAUGCUCGAACCAUGAAGCCUUUGACAUCAGGAACAACAGUUUAUGUGACAGAUAUGAACUGCACAGGAACAGUAAUCAAAACAUCCAACAAACCAAGAUCAUAUUUGGUUGACACCCCUAUGACGGUUAUAAGAAGGAACAGAGCACAUCUACGUAGUAUUCCAAAUCACACCAUAAUUCAGCAAGUCGACAAGAAACAAGAGAAACAGGAAGACCCACCUAAUACGAAUACGAACAACAGACCGAAAAGAAUAAAAACACUUUCUUUAAAGGCCAGAGAGAAUCUGGGACUAGAAUAA